CUCCUCCUCCUCAACCCUAACCCCCAAACUCUAAUGCAUCGCCGCUCACUGAUGUUUCCGUUCUACCACCGCGUCGUUAUUGUGUCAACCCCAUCCAUAGUCUUUCGCCAUUGAAUCAAAAUGGGCAGUGAUCUAAAUGGCACAAGAAAAAGACAUAGGCAUUCCUACGAAUCCUAUCGGGGAACAAAUUUUAAGAAAACCAGAGCAAAGGUUCAGUUUGCAGACCUUUCCGAGGAUCUACUAUCUACGAUUCUAUCAAAACUGCCGUUAAAAGACGCUGUAAGGACUGGCAUUCUAUCAAGUAAAUGGAAAGAUAGGUGGAAGGUAUGCCCAAAACUAAGAUUUGAUGUACUAACAGUGUCCAAUGACGUGUUUUAUGAGCGACAACACACCCAGAAAUUCAUUAAGGCUGUUAAUGCAGUCAUGCAACAACAUCAGGGCACAGUUGUUAGAGAGCUCAUGAUCAAAUUUGGAUUUGACAACAGGCUAGUGAAUCAUAUCAAUACUUUGGUUUCUUUUGCUGUAUCGGCACAGAGAAAGAGUCUUUCCCUUGAUUUACCCCCAGGCGAUUUGCUGGUACCACAAGCGGAUCAAUACAGAUUCCCUGUUAAUCUUUUAGACAACAGAAGCAUAUUUUGGCUUCGUCAUCUUCAACUUAGUUUUGCAUCAUUUGAACUACCUCCUCAAUUCAGCGGUUUCCCGAAUCUGAGAACACUUGACUUGCUCUUGUUACAUGUCACUCGGAAGGAUCUUCAAGAUUUGCUAUCAAAUUGCAUUAAUCUUGAGUGGUUCAGUAUGGUUAGAUGCCACUUGGAUGACGAGCUGACAGUGGUUCGUCCAUUGUCAAAGUUAUUAUACUUGCGUGUUGGGCACUGUAAGAUAACAAAGAUAGUACUAAAUGCGAUGAAACUCAACACAUUCAUGUUCUAUGGGCGGUUGUAUCCUGUUGACCUUGGGGAUGUUGCAGACCUGAAACAUGCAUUUCUUGAUUUAUAUACCCCAAUGACUCUUGAAUAUGCCUUGACUAUACUUCCCAAAGUGCUUCCAAGUGUUCAAGAUCUGACAUUACGUGCAUCUUUUGAACUCAAGAUGCCCUUGUGGAUGGAAACCCCUUGCAAGUUCUCCAACUUAAAAUGUUUAGAUUUGAGGUUGAUUUUAAAUGACAAAGAAGAAGGCAAUAUUCUGUCUUUGGCCUCUUUUUUGAGCGUUGCUCCCUUCGUUGAAAAGUUAGUGAUUUAUUUUCAUGUUUUCGGUUUCCCACACCGUGUUUCAGAGCCAAUUAAGAGUGUUCCCCGGUGUCCACAUAAUCAUCUAAAGAACCUACAUAUUACAGGAUUUUCUGGAACAACAACACAACUUGAAUUUCUAGUGCAUGUUGUUGAAAGUGCCCAUGCCCUGGAGAUUUUGACGAUUAAAGGGUCUGACAUAGUUGGCCGUCGUCUGGACCAUAAAUGGAUAAUAAAAUUCCUUUCCCUAUUUAGAGAACUGGAGAGAAAAUAUCUUCGUGAAAUAAUUUCACCAAAUGUGAAGCUCUCCAUUAUCUCUCGGGAAUAUAGAAUGCUGGAACAGGAGAAAAACAUGAAUUUUCUGGCAGAAAUCCAAGCUGCCUUAUUACGUUACGCAACUCGUCAACGAGGAGGCCAAGAUUUGGGUAAUCGCAUGGAUGAAGAACUUGAGUAAUUUGAUGUUGGGAGAGUAAACUUUUUGUUGUAUUACAGACUGUUAUUGUAAUGGUCCCUUUUCGAGUAUUAACCUUAUAAAGUCUCUUCUUAAUAAAUGAUGAAACAAAUCUUUUGUCCCUGUUUCAGAAUCUAUAUAAUAUAGUAUGUUGGUAUGUAAA